GCCACGCGUGACGUCGCGGGGGGCGCCGGUCUCCACCCGGCUGCCACCGAAUGCAGUGCUCUGUUUCUGCUUUGGUUAUAUCAGAAACGAAAUGCAGCAAGCAUUUAUUAAGUGAUGGAGGAAGAUGAACUUCUGGAGAACAGAGUUUUGCAUGUCCAUCCUGACUCUGCUGCUGACUGUGCGGCCCUGAACAAGUCCCUUGCCUUCUCGAGUUUUAGCUUCCCUUUGCAUAAGAUGGGUGAGUGCCUUCUGACCAGCAGGCUCUUGUCCAGUUUUUCCUCACUGUCCCCCAGCAGGCUCUCCGCUGAGGCCCGGACCCCGCUGCUCUCCAUGGGCAGCUGCCAGGCAGGUCACAACCUGCAUCUCUGCCUGGCUCACCACCCACCUUUGGUCUGUGCCACUUUGAUCCUGCUGCUCCUUGGCCUCUCGGGCCUAGGCCUUGGUGGCUUCCUCCUCACCCACAGGACUGGCCUUCGCAGCCCUGACAUCCCCCAGGACUGGGUUUCCUUUUUGCGGUCUUUUGGCCAGCUGACCCUGUGCCCCAUGAAUGGGACAGUCACAGGGAAGCGGCCAGGGUCUCACGUCGUGGGCUUACUGACUACCUUAAACUUCGGAGAUGGUCCUGACAGGAACAAAUCCCAAACAUUCCAAGCCAGGAUCCCUGGUAAUCAGAUGGGAUUAAAAGGGUCUUUUUCGGGAGAGCCGAUCCUUAUAACAGCUAGAGUGACCGCAGAAAGGACUCCAGGAAUCUGUCUGUAUUUUAGUGCUGGUCCAGAAAUCCUCCCCUCCAGUCAGCCACCUAUAUCUUGUUCAGAGGAGGGAGCUGGAAAUGCCACCCUGAGCCCCAAGAUAGACGAGGAGUGUGUCAGGUUCUGGAGCAACGAAGGCCUUGUGCUCACCAAGCUUCUCACCUCGGAGGAGCUGGCCUUGUGUGGCUCCAGACUGCUGGUCUUGGGCACUUUCUUGCUUCUCUUCUGUGGUCUUCUUUGCUGUGUCACUGCUGUGUGUUUCCACCCGCGUCGGGACUUCCACUGGUCUAGACCCUGGCUCUGAAGGCACUGGCCUACUGCCCACCCUUUCUCAGGUGUAAAUCAAAUUCUUGGACCUUGCUCCCAAGGUUGGAAGACAUUACAAAAAAAUGAAGAACUGGAAUAUGGGGGAAAUAAAAAGCUUUUGCCCACUAUUA